AUGCUGACAUUCCCCCUCGUGAUCAUCGCAUUUCUCGGGUGGCUCUAUCAACAAUUCGUGUAUCGCAGAAAAUUCUACCCGCCCGGUCCGAUGCCAUUGCCCUUCAUCGGCAAUUUUCAUCAGAUCAAUCUCGCCAACCCGGCCCGUUCGAUGCUGAAGUGGCGAGAACGUUACGGCCCAGUCUUCACCGUUUGGUUACCAAAGCCGAUCGUCGUCUUGGCCACCCAUAAAACUUUACAAGAGGCACUCGUGAGAAAUGGUGACGCGUUCGCCGGCCGGCCCACCAGUUUCCUCUACUCGAUCUUCACGAAAAAUCGACAAGACGGUGAUGGAAUCAUUUUGUGUCAAAAGGAGCGCUGGUCGGUGAAUCGCGCGUUCGCUUUGCGGGUGUUCCGAGACUGCGGAAUGGGACGUGAUGUGAUGGCGGAGAAGAUUUUGAUUCAGGCGGAAACUCUCGUCAAUCAUCUCAAAGAACGAAUCGGCGACAAGCAGCAAACUCGCCUCAACCCCCACCAUCCAUUAGCUUUCUGUGUCGGCAAUAUCAUUCACGAUCUCAUCAUUGGACGAACGUAUCCCUACGGAGAUUCGGAGUUCGAGCGCUUCAAAUUCCUCAUUGACAGCACGUUAAAAGAUGUAGCCUCAUGGCAAAUGCAAAUGGUCGACUCGUAUCCGUUUUUAGCCGAGUUUUUCUCGCUCUUUCGACGUUAUAAGAAAAACGGUUUCGCUUUGCAGCAAUUCUUUUUGGAUGAGAUCGAGAGACACGACGAGAAUCUGAGUGAAGAUGGAGAUCCUCGAGAUUUCAUGGAGGCCUAUUUGCGGGAAAUGAAGCGACAACCCGAGAAUCCGCAUUUCAACAAGCUCACCCUAGCGCUCACAUCCGGCGAUUUGUGGACGGGCGGAAUGGAGACUUCGGUGACGACUCUCCGGUGGGCGAUCAUCUUUCUAAUGUACCAUCCGCAUAUUCAAAAAAGGCUACACGACGAGAUCGAUCAAGUUCUCGGCGAUUCCCGAGCCACGUACUCUUGCCGAAAUCAAAUGCCGUACACGAUGGCCACGUUGAGUGAGCUGCAACGGAUUUGCAACGUUUUACCCUGGCAUAUCCCGCAUCGAGUGCUCCGCAAUGUCACAAUCGAGGGUGUUUUGUUAAAAGAGGGCACCGAUGUGAUGCCCCAAUUCGGCGCUGUGCACACCGACCCGAAAGCUUUCGAUCAACCAGACGAGUUCCGGCCGGAGAGAUUCCUCGACUCAAAUGGUCAUUUUUGCCCCCGUGUCGACAUGAAUCCGUUCGGUUUGGGGAAGAGGGCGUGCUUGGGAGAGAAUUUGGCCCGCUACGAGCUAUUUCUCCUAUUUGUCACAAUUCUACAGGAAUUCCAAUUCGAGCGAAUCGAAGGUCAUCCCUUACCCUCACUCGCUCGUUCACCCGGAAUGACUUCAGUUCCGAAAGAAUUCGAGUGUCAGAUCCGAGCACGGCGCCCACAAAACCCCAAGAAUCUCGAAAACAACAACGAUCUCUUGACACCAAAUUUCAACGUGAAUGCUAAUGCU